AGGCAGCUCCUGUCUCCUUCCACUCCCCUUCUCCCCUCCUUUCUGACUGGAGCAGAGACUGUCAAUCCCAGGCAGAGACAAGGCAGACAAGGCUUCACUUGUAAAGAACCUCCUCACUUCUCCUUUGCCCAGACUACCCCAGUGAGCUGGAGCACUGAAGACGAGUCUCCUGCCAAUAACACUGAAAAGAAAGAAAAAGGAGCAAGAGUCAUGAUGAAAUCUGUGGUACUUGUCAUCCUUGGGCUAACUUUGCUGUUAGAAACACAAGCCAUGCCUUCAAGUCGCCUCUCCUGCUACAGAAAGUUGCUAAAGGAUCGUAAUUGUCACAACCUUCCGGAGGGCAGAGCCGACCUGAAGCUGAUAGAUGCAAAUGUCCAGCAUCAUUUCUGGGAUGGGAAGGGAUGCGAGAUGAUCUGCUACUGCAACUUCAGUGAACUGCUCUGCUGCCCAAAAGAUGUCUUCUUUGGACCAAAGAUCUCCUUUGUGAUCCCCUGCAACAACCACUGAGGAUCUGCCUUGCACUCUGGAGAAUGUGGUCCUGAAGGCCUUCACGUCCCCUAAUUUCCCAGAAACUCUCUCAGUUCAGCGCCAUUUCUGAUUUCCAUCCAGUAUAUUCAAUCCUGUAUAGAUUCUAUAAAGUCUUACUUGCUAGAGUAUACUUGGGCUAAAGUGGUAAUAAAAGUUGUUUCCAUUUG